AUGAUUUUCUUCAUUCUUUCAUUUAUAGCUUUGUCAGCCUGUAGUUUUCCUUCCCUCUGUCUCAACACGGGGAAACAGUUCUCCAACUGUCUGUCUCAACACGGUGAAUCAGUUGUCCAAACGUCUGUCUCAACAGGGGGAAUCAGUUUUAAUUCCGUCGGACUCAACACGGGAAAUCAGUUAUCCUUGUCUGUCUCAACACGGGGAAUCAAAUAUCCUUCCGUCUGUCUCAACACGGGAAAUCAGUUUUCCUUCCGUCGGACUCAACACGGGAAAUCAGUUAUCCUUGUCUGUCUCAACACGGGGAAUCAAAUAUCCUUCCGUCUGUCUCAACACGGGAAAUCAGUUUUCCUUCCGUCUGACUCAACACGGGAAAUCAGUUUUCCUUCCGUCUGUCUCAACACGGGAAAUCAGUUAUCCAUCCGUCUGUCUCAACACGGGAAAUCAGUUUUCAUUCAGUCGGCCUCAACACGGGGAACCAGUUUUCCUUCCAUCUGUCACAACACGGGGAAUCAUUUCACUUCCAUCUGUCCGAACACGGGGAAUCCAUUUUCCUUCCGUCUGUCCCAACACGGGGAAUCCAUUUUCCUUCCGUCUGUCCCAACACGGGGAAACAGUUUCCUCUCAGUCUGUCUCAACACGAGGAAUCAGUUAUUCUUCCAACUUUCUCAUCACGGGGAAUCAAUUUUCCUUCCCUCCGUCUCAACACGUGGGAAUCAAUUCUCCUUCCGUCUGCCUCAACACGGCGUAAUCAGUUUUUUUUCCGUCUCUCUUAACACGGGGGAAUCAAUUUUCUUUCCGUCCCCCUUAAUACAGGUAAUCAUUUUUCCUUCCGUCCGUCUCAACACGGGGAAUCAGUUUUCCUUCCUUCUGUCUCAACACGGUUUCCUUCCGUCUGCCUCAACACGAGGGAAUCAUUUUUCCUUCCGUCUGCCUCAACACGGGGAAUCAAUUUUCCUUCCGUCUGCCCGCCUCUCAACAUGGGGGAAUCAUUUUUCCUUACUUCUUUCUCUCAAUAUUCCUUCCGUCUGCCUAAAUUUUUCAGUUUUCUUUUUCUCAACACGGGGGAAUCAAUUUUCCUUCCGUCUGCCUAAAGACGGGGGAAUCAGUUUUCUUUCCGUCUGCCUCAACAUGGGGGAAUCAAUUUUCUUUCCGUCCGUCUCACCACGGGAGAAUCAGUUUUCCUUACGUCUCUCUCAACACGGGUUUUCGUUACGUCUGCCUCAACAUGGGGGAAUCAGUUCUUCUUCCGUCUGCCUCAACACGUGGGAAUCAGUUUUCCUUACGUCUGUCUCAACACGGGGGAAUCAAUUUUCCUUCCGUCUGCCUAAAGACGGAGGAAUCAGUUUUCCUUCCGCAUCUCUCAACACGGGGGAAUCAGUUUACCUUCCGUCUGUCUCAACACGGGAAAUCAAAUUUCCUUCCAUCUGUCCCAACAUGGGGAUUCAGUUUUCCUUCCGGCUAUCACAACAUGGGGAAACAAUUUUCCUUCUGUCUGUCCCAACACGGGGAAUCAGUUUCAUUCCGUCUGUCGCAAAACGGGGAAUCAAAUUUCCUUCCGUCUGUCCCAACACGGGGUAUCAGUUUUCCUACCAUCUGCUCAACACGGGGAAUCAGUUUUCAAUCCGUCUUUCUCAACACGAGGGAAUCAAUUUUCCUUCCCUCCGUCUCAACACGUGGGAAUCAAUUCUCCUUCCGUCUGCCUCAACACGGCGUAAUCAGUUUUCCUUCUGUCUCUCACAACACGGGAGAAUCAAUUUUCAUUCGCACCGCCUCAACACGGGGGAAUCAAUUUUUCUUCCGUCUGCCUCAAAACGGGGGAAUCAAGUUUCCUUCCGUCUCUCUCUACACGUAGGAAUCAGUUUUCCUUCCGUCUAUCUCAACACGGGCGAAUCAGUUUUCCUUCCGUCUGUCUCAACACGGGGGAAUCAGUUUUACUUACGUCUCUCUCUACACGGGGGAAUCAGUUUUCCUUCCGUCUAUCUCAACACGGGCGAAUCAAUUUUCCUUCCGUCCGUCUCAACACGGGGGAAUCAGUUUUCCUUACGUCUGUCUCAACACGAGGGAAUCAGUUUUACUUACGUCUCUCUCUACACGGGGGAAUCAGUUUUCCUUACGUCUUUCUCAACACAGGGGAAACAUUUUUCCUUCCGUCUGUCUCAACACGGGGGAAUCAGUUUUCCUUCCGUCUAUGUCAACACGGGCGAAUCAAUUUUCCUUCCGUCCGUCUCAACACGGGGGAAUCAGUUUUCCUUACGUCUGUCUCAACACGGGGUAAGCAAUUUUCCUCCCGUCUGCCUCAACAUGCGGGGAAUCAGUUUUCCUUCCGUCUGCCUCAACACAGGGGAAUCAAUUUUCCAUCCGUCUGUCUCAACACGGUCAAUCAGCUUUCCUUCCGUCUCUCUUAACACGGGAGAAUCAAUUUUCAUUCCCACCGCCUCAACACGGGGGAAUCAAUUUUCCUUCCGUCUGCCUCAACAUGGGGGAAUCAAGUUUCCUUCCGUCUCUCUCUACACGAGGGAAUCAGUUUUCCUUCUGUCUAUCUCAACACGGGCGAAUCAAUUUUCCUUCCGUCUGCCUCAACACGGGGAAUUAGUUUUCCUUCCUUCUGUCUCAUCACGGGGGGAAUCAAGUUUCCUUCCGUCUCUCUCUACACGGGGGAAUCAGUUUUCCUUCCUUCUAUCUCAACACGGGGGAAUCACGUUUCCUUCCGUGUCUCUGAACACGGGGAUCAGCUUUCCUUCCGUCUCUCUCAACACGGGGGAUUCCUCUUUAAUUGCUGAUUUCUCGCGAAGUAAACAUAUUUUUUCUUCGCCCCUACGGUCUAAUGGGUCUAAAUUGCAAAUCGGUCGGCGGCAUUCACCAAAAGUUUUGUCCCCAUUCUGUGGGAAUAACUUUCCACCACUUUCUCUCUCAUUAUUACUCUUUCUCUUUCUCCCUCUCUUUCUGUUUCCUUCUCUUUCUUCCUUUCUCUCUCUACAUAUCUUUUUAUUUUCUAUCUAUCUAUCUAUCUAUCUAUCUAUCUAUCUAUCUAUCUAUCUAUCUAUCUAUCCUACGAUAGAUAUAUCUCAUUUUUUAUUCACUGAAUUCUUUUUUUUUUCUUCCUUCGUUGCUUUCCGAUUUCCUUUCUGUCUUUCUUCAUCGUCUUCUUUCUUUCUCUUUUUUCUUUCUUUCUUUCUCUUUUUUUCUUUCUUUCUUUUUCUUUUUUUCUUUUCUUUCCAUCAUUUUUAUCUCUCAUGUAAAAGUUUCUUUCUUUCUUUCUUUCUUUCUUUCUUUCUUUCUUUCUUUCUUUCCAAAUAA